GGGAGCGAGCCAGGCCAACUGCCGCUGCCGCUGUAUCGCGGUGUGCAGCCCCGGGCCAGGCCCCAGCCGGGGCAGGAGCGCAGAACUGCUGCUCAGUGAACAUCCUGUGACUUGCCUUCAUUAUGCUCAUUUCGCAGAGAGUCAUCUUCCUUGGUUUAUUGCCUUGUUUUGCUGGGGUACAUACUAAGAGCCUCUGUUAUGCACCUAAAGCCAUACUGGAAACUCCAGACGAAAGUGCGACAUUUGGAAAUCAGCAAGGAAACUCUGAGAACUCCUAUGAGCCACAAACAGGCUAUAAAUGAUGAAAAAUGCAAAGCUCGCUGUAUGAAACCAAGUGUCUUUCCUUCAGCCUCUCUUGGUAAAGCAUCAUCUCGAAAGCCUUUUGGAAUCCUUUCUCCAAAUGUUCUGUGCAGUAUGAGUGGGAACAGUCCUGAAGAGAGCAGCGUGAAUGUUAAAACCAAGAAGAAUGCACCGUCUGCAACAAUCCACCAGGGUGAGGAAGGGGAAGGGCCGCUUGAUAUCUGGGCUGUUGUGAAACCGGGAAAUACCAAGGAAAAGAUUGCAUUCUUUGCAGCCCACCAGUGUAGUAAUAGAAUAGGAUCUAUGAAAAUAAAAAGCUCCUGGGAUAUUGGUGGGAGAGCUACUAAAAGAAGGAAAAAAUCAGGGGAUCUUAAAAAAGCCAAGAUACAGUUAGAAAGGAUGAAGGAAGUCAACAGCAGAUGCUACCAACCUGAGCCUUUUGCGUGUGGCAUCGAGCACUGUUCUGUGCAUUACGUGAGUGACAACGGGGAUGGAGUCUAUGCUGGGAGGCCUUUGUCGGUCAUACAAAUGGUUGCCUUCCUCGAGCAAAGAGUCAAUGCUCUGCUAGCCAGUUGUGCGAAAAACUGCACUAACUCACCUGCUGUGGUGUGGUUUUCCAGGCAAUCCAGAGGUGUGCCCCCAGUCCCCAAGCCCUUGUCUGCCCCAGGAGCAUGUGAAGAACCCAUGGAAAGGAGAAAUCCUGAGGUUGGUGAACCACAGAGCGAGCCAGUCCGUGUCCUUGACAUGGUAGCCAGGCUGGAGUCCAAGUGCCUGAAGCGGCAGAGCCAGCGUGAGCCUGGGAGCCUCUCGAGGAAUAACAGCUUCCGUCGCAAUGUGGGCCGCGUGUUGCUUGUGAAUGGCACCCAGGCUGAGGAAAGCAACAAAGGCGCCUUGGAGGUACCUGACACUCAGGUGAGAACUGUGGGGUCUGUAUCUGUGGACUGUGGCCCCUUAAGAGCUGACCAUUUUUCUCCUAAGGGGGACCAGGCCUGGGACGGCGCCCCUCGGGGCUGUCCCUCAUUGCCAGCAGGCGUGAGUUUGCACACAGACAGUGUAGAAUUAGAGCCAGAUCAGCAGACUGCCAUGAAAAACAGCAAUACACAUGAUGUGGAAAUGACAGAGGAACUUGUUGGGUCACCUUUUCCUCCUCACACCUGUCCCCAAGCCAUUGAAUUGCCCCCAGAUGCUAUUGAUGGUAUGAGUGAAGAGCUUGUGCCUCUUGCUAGCCAAAAUCCUGAUCAGAGAAGAAAAGAAUCUUUGUGCAUUAGUAUCACUGUGUCCAAGGUAGAGAAAGACCAGCCUUCCAGUUCAAAGUCGUGCGAAGACCCACUUCCAGGGAUGUUGGUUUUUUUGCCAUCUGGUCAGCACCAGUCGGGCUGUUCCCAGCUGAAUGAAAGCACAACAGAAGAGUCUUCCGAGGCCAGUCAGCUUGAAGAUGCUGCUGAGGGUGACAGUGCAUCUGAGGGAAAAAGUGUCUCGGCUGAUUCAUUCGUCCCGCUGGCUUCUGUGGAAAGUACAUUACCAGUGCUUGAGGCAUCCAGUUGGAAGAAGCAGGUGUCGCAUGACUUUCUGGAGACCAGGUUUAAAAUCCAGCAGCUUUUGGAGCCUCAGCAGUACAUGGCUUUUCUGCCCCACCACAUUAUGGUGAAAAUCUUCAGGUUACUUCCCACUAAGAGUUUAGUGGCUCUUAAACGUACCUGCUGCUAUUUCAAGUUUAUCAUUGAAUAUUACAAUAUCAGGCCAGCAGAUUCUCGCUGGGUUCGGGAUCCACGCUAUAGAGAGGAUCCGUGCAAGCAGUGCAAGAAAAAAUAUGUGAAAGGGCAUGUGUCCCUGUGCCGGUGGCACCCCAAGCCCUAUUGCCAGGCAUUGCCCUAUGGGCCGAGAUACUGGAUGUGCUGCCACCGGUCUCAGAAGGGCUUCCCUGGCUGUAAGCUGGGGCUUCAUGACAAUCACUGGGUCCCUGCUUGCCAUAGCUUUAAUCAGGCAAUCCAUAAGAAAGCAAAAGGGACUGAAACUGAAGAGGAGUACUAAAGUUUAUGUGCGAGGCAACGGACCGAUUUUUAAAACUGCAAAACACCACCUAGAUACGCCGUUCCAGUGGGUGUUGCCUCUCAGUCUUCGUUCCAGGAGAAUCUCUGCUACUCCAUCAGGACCGCCAUUGCUCAGGCAUCUUAAAUCUCUGAAUUUAC